AUGCGCCAGCAGUCGACCGAUACGGUCGACAAAGCGGUUUGCACAGAGGAGUCGGGAGCGGCGCGGCUGGAGGCGGUGCUGGUGGCGCUGGUCGAGCGCAAGGCUCGCGCCCUGCACGCCGAGCAGGCGAGGCGGCGCGCACGCACACACCCGCUGCUCUUGCUACUGCGCAGCCAUGUAUCCGACGAAGAGGCGUCUAUCGUUGGCAGUUCCGGCGAGAGACUUCCGUCGCAUUGGUGUGAGAAUGAAUUUGAGAAGCAACACAAGAAAAAGAAACUUAAACUACACACGCAUCAUGGGGACGAGCUAAAGAGUCCAGAGCAAUUAGAAAUGGAAAGGCGUCGUCGCAAGCGCAGGCGACACGCGCACGCACACGCACCCAAGCCCAGAAAACAUCGUACGCUGCUGGUUUCUGCAAUUGACGAACAAGCUAAAGUUAUACAUGUGCUAGACCCCGAUGAGCUACCACGGCGUGCGAGGUAUACGAUCAUGGUGACAGCGUGUUUGCUACUUUUCCUUUGUUUGUUGCUGGUUGGAGUCACGCUCCGCAUGGCGCCACUUAUUGAUGACAUGGGGAUAAUUAAAGUAGUCCAACUC